GCCCGCUUUCCCUUCGCGCGUCUCCGCGCCCCCCUGCCUCCUCCUGGAAGGCUGGUUCCCCACGCCCCCUCCAGGCCCCGGCUUCUCCUUGCUCGCCCUGCCUCUCCCUCAGCAGGCUCAGUCUCUCUCCCUUCCACUCUCCUUCCUUCCCUUUCUGGUGCCCUCUUCUCUUCUCACACCCUGGAGUCCCCGCACAGGGGCUGAGGGCCGGGCAGUGGAGGUAAGGGGGAGGACAAAGGUGGGGUGGGGGGGACUGGGUGUGUCCUAGUACCCAGUGUCCAACCGGAGGGAUGUGAGAAGAAGACGUCUGUGGGCGGCAGGGCUGGGGGCUCCAAGGACCUUUGGGUGUGUAGGGGUUGGAGAAAGAGGGUGUAGGGGUGUCAGGCCAGGUGACUGAUCACAGCAUCCCUGGUUCUGCCCGCAGUGACCGCAGCUCCCCAGGAGCCCCCUGCCCGGCCUCCCCAGGCGGGCAGUGGAACUGGCCGGGCUCCUGGGCGCGCCAUGCGCAGCACCACACUACUGGCCCUGCUGGCGCUGGUCCUGCUGUACUUGGUGUCCGGUGCCCUGGUGUUCCAGGCCCUGGAGCAGCCCCACGAGCAGCAGGCUCAGAGGGAGCUGGGUGAGGUCCGAGAGAAGUUCCUGAGAGCCCAUCCCUGUGUGAGCGACCCGGACCUGGGGCUCUUCAUCAAGGAAGUGGCUGAUGCCCUGGGAGGGGGUGCGAACCCUGACACCAACUCAACCAGUAACAGCAACCACUCAGCCUGGGACCUGGGCAGCGCUUUCUUCUUCUCAGGCACCAUCAUCACCACCAUCGGCUACGGCAACGCGGCCCUGCGCACGGAUGCCGGGCGCAUCUUCUGCAUCUUUUAUGCUCUGGUGGGGAUCCCGCUGUUCGGGAUCCUGCUGGCAGGGGUCGGGGACCGGCUGGGCUCCUCCCUGCGCCGCGGCAUUGGUCACAUCGAAGCCAUCUUCCUGAAGUGGCAUGUGCCACCAGAGCUGGUGCGAGUGCUCUCCGCGGUGCUCUUCCUGCUGGUCGGCUGCCUGCUCUUUGUCCUCACGCCCACCUUUGUGUUCUGCUACGUGGAGGGCUGGAGCAAGCUGGAGGCCAUCUACUUUGUCGUAGUGACGCUCACUACCGUGGGCUUCGGGGACUAUGUGGCCGGCGCCAGCCCCAACCAGAACUCAGCAGCCUACCAGCCGCUGGUGUGGUUCUGGAUCCUGCUCGGCCUGGCAUACUUCGCCUCCGUGCUCACCACCAUCGGGAACUGGCUGCGAGUAGUGUCCCGGCGCACCCGGGCAGAGAUGGGUGGCCUCACGGCGCAGGCCGCCAGCUGGACCGGCACCGUGACGGCGCGGGUGACCCAGCGAGCCGGGCCCGCCGCCCCACCGCCGCCGGAGAAGGAGCGGCCACCGCUGCCUCCACUGCCGUGCCCAGCGCAGCCCGCCGGCAGGCCCCUGUCCCCCGCGCCCCCGGAGAAGGCCGAGCCGCCCUCUCCGCCCACGGCCUCGGCGCUGGAUUACCCCAGCGAGAACCUGGCCUUCAUCGACGAGUCAUCGGACACGCAGAGCGAGCGCGGCUGCGCGCUGCCCCGCGCGCCACGGGGUCGCCGCCGCCCCCCCAAUCCUCCGAGGAAGCCUGCGCGGCCCCGGGGCCCCGGGCGCGCCCGGGACAAAGGCGUAUCCGACUAGGGGCAGGACCCCAGGCCCGGGCCUCUCAAAGGGCUUCGUUCGUGCUCUCUCCCUGGCAUGCUCUGCUUGUUUGACCAAAGAGCCCUCUCGAGCGGACUGAAGCCUGGGGAGGAGGCUGCGGGUUGCUUGUCGGCCGCCUCCCCCUGCUCCCGGCCCUCUCCUCACUUCCUCCAUUUCCAGACCCCCAAGGCUUUGUGUCUCGCUGUCCUGGCUGGGCCCGUCCCUCAUCACACCUCACGCCUGUGCCUCAAAGCCUGCAUCAAUAAAUGAAAACAGUCUGCACCACUGCGGGCGUGCCGGCUCCGGGGGACGCGUGGGUGUGGGAGUGCUAGCGUCUGGUCACCUCCGGGGCGAGUCAGGCCUCCCGUGACCCCCACGCCGAGCCCCCGCUCCUGCACCCACGUCGUUCAAGGCGUAGCCCUCUUGGCCGUGCUCCGGCCGGCGUCUCUGCCUGGAGGCCACCGGGUAGGGUCCGGCAUGGGAAUCUGCGAAGAUGGGCUGUGCAUCUCCAAGCUCAGCACAGCUCUUAGGGGGCUGGG